AUCUUUAUCAAAUAAUCUACACUACUUGAAGAUGCUGCGUUCUGCGCGCUCCAGCCGUCAACAGAACGACGAUGGUGGUGAUGCUCAUGGUGGUGACAGCGAGCUGACGCUGCCAGGGCACCAUCAUGGCGGUCACGAGGAGGAGGGAGAACAGCAGCGCUUGUUGGUGGCAAGCGACAGCCCCGCAGCCUACAAGAAAAGCAUCAACUACAAGACUUUGCCCACGUCUUUGGCACACGAUGGAGGAGAUAACGACGACGACGAUGACGACAAGGCCAUCUUGGUUCAACAAGGGGAACGGUCAGGCAGUGGCACGAGCUUCUGGGAAACGCUCGCCAACUUCAUCAAAGGCAACACGGGUCCGGGCCUCCUGAGCCUUCCCUUUGCGCUCGCCAACAGCGGCUAUGUGGUAGGGCCGGUGUGCCUGGCAGCGAUUGCUGUGAUCUGUGUCCGCUGUAUCUUCAUGCUCGUGCACGUCAAGGAUCGCGUCUGUCGUGAGCGCCGCAUGCGCUACCUCAGCUUUGGUGAACUGGCGCACAUUGUACUUGGGCGCUUCGGGCGAAUAGCCGUCAACGCUUCGCUGAUUGUGACGCAGUUUGGCUUUUGCUGCGUAUACAUCAUCUUCAUCGCAAAGCACUUGCAAGAGUUCUCGGACCGGUUUUCCUAUCGCGUGUAUGCGCUGAUGAUAUCGCCAAUAUUCGUCCUUCUCUCGUGGAUCAAAACAUUCAAGACAAUCGCGUUUGCGUCCAUGAUUGCAAACCUCUGCAUAUUCUACAGCUUUGCCGUCAUUUACGCGUAUUACAUCCAGCACAUUGGCGAAAAACUCCCCGCCGACAAUGAGUGCCCGCUCACACGGUCGCUCGGGUGCGGGAUGUUGGCGCUUACGCUGCCGGCACUGAUGCACAUGUUUGCGCUUCGCCCGCUGCCCUGGUCGCACCUCGCAGUUGAUCUCUUCAUCGUCAUCUUCGGCAUCGUCGGAUCUGUGGCUGGCGUCUUCGUGUCCAUUCAACAGCUCAUCGCAGCAUCCUGA